GGCUCAGGUGUGCUGCUAAUGAGACAGGUAUGUCCAGGGCGGCCCAGGUGGGGGGUGCGGGGGCAGGUGGCGGCGACAAAGGGCGCAACACGCAGGCCGCGACGAGUACUGUGCGAGGCGUGGAGGCGCUCGACCAUGGGACAAUGUGCGUAUGCGGUUACCACAAACUGCGGCUGAUAAUAGUGUGGCGUGGGAGGCUGGGGAGCUGCACACACACACACACACACACACACAGCCUGCCGCCCCUGGACCAGCCUCAUGCGUGGGCGGCCGGGGCGUCGCUUCCCUAACGGGCCGCCGCUUUCUACGCCCUGCCAUUGAUGGGCGACGCUGCUGCUGUAACGCUGCUUGCAGGCGGCCAUCACGGACAGGCUGGGGGGCGGUGCAGUACACGGGGAUGUGGGUCAUCGUGAAGGCCAGGAGGGGGGAGUGGCGGGAGGAGCCCCACCAGAUCGGUGAUCAAAGGCCACCGCCGGAGCUGCGAGGAGGCGGCGUGUUUGAUCUCGGGUGCGAUUAUCACAGCUGGGCCGGUCCGCGCCGCGCCCUGCCCACCGCUCACCUCGGCGGCGCGGGCCCAGGCGGCGCGGCGACGAGCCGACGAGGCGUCGUCAGUGUGCGGCGCGCCGGGGCUUGGAUCGGCUGUCCCUCGCUGCUCCAGCCACUCCCGCACUCUGCCUCGUGGCGCUCGUGUGCUGUGUGCUGCUGGUCCGCCAGGACUUGGUAGCGAAGCGAGGCAGUGCGGAGAGGUGGUGCUGGCGAGGCUCAGCGUGGCAGUAGUGGCCGUUGCCACGGCGGGCGGGCGAGGGCGUGCCAUGAGGCGGGCGUGGGCAGUGGUGGUGGUGGUGGCCGCAGUAAGCGGCGGGGCAGCGGUGCUGGCCAACCGCGACCUGCCCCAACAGGAGGCGGCGAAGGGGCAGACUGAGGAGCAACGCCUCCAGCCGCGCCACCAAGACGAUGAUGAAAACGCCCCAAUGAAUGACCGCACGGCAGGUUGGGUGGCGGCGGCGUAUGGGCUGCUGCAGGCGCUGCAGUGCGAGGCGCAGCGCUGGACCACCGAGGAGGAGUGUCGCGCGGCGCAGCGGGUACCGCAGUGGGAGGUGCAGGUGUGGGCCACUCCAGCAGGCCGCGGCCACUUCGUGGCACGACUGCCUGACGGCUCCCUGGCGCGGCGCGGCGGUCACGGAGGAGUUCUGCUGGUGGACCCCUUUCCCGCCGCUUCCUGGGGACACCCGCUGCUGCUGCUGCUGGUGGCCGACAACACCUCGCAGAUACACUGCAACCGCACCGCCGGCCACUGGCUCGAGCCCGGGGACUGCCUGCGGGUGGCGGAGAAGGAACGCUGUCACAACCUCCUGAAGAGACGCGGCAGCAGACAAAACUACGACAGGCGCUGCGAGAUUCACCUUCCCCCGCUGGUGAUGCUGGAUGAGGAUGAUGAUGAUGAGGAGGAGGAGGAAGGCAAGCAGGAGGAAGAGGAGGAGGAGGAAGGCAAGCAGGAGGAAGAGGAGGCAGGAGGAGCCGUCGGGAGGAGGGUGGGGGUGGAUGCGAGGGGCCCACGUCUCCUACAGCGCCCCCGGCAGUAUCUGAGGUGUCGUGAUGAUGCAGAGGGCUACGCGCCUUGCCCCCGCCUCAGGCCCAGCAGCGACACCCGCCUCGUCUGUGACCCGCUAGGGAUCAAUAAGAAACGGUGCACGGGGCGAGGCGAAACAAUACACACGAGAUGCAGGUUGUUCGAGAUCUGUGACCAGGCCCUCGUGCUCUCCGGCGGCUGGAGUCCCGAUCUCACGCCCCUCUCCACCGCCACCACCGUCGACGCCGCCUACCGAAUGCUCCGCCGUCACGGUUUUCACAAGGGGAACAUCAAGAUUUUCUACGCCAAUGGAGCUGAGAAGGAUCAAUGGCCAGCCGAGGGCCACACCGUCUUCCCAUCCUCCCACAAGCUGGGUUUCCGCUACCACCUGCGGUCCCUGUGCGCGACGCCGCUCUGCACGGACUCCCUGGUCGUGUACCUGACGGGCCCCAGCCUGCACGAUGGGACCCUACUGCUGUGGGACGAGGACCGCAAUGGCCUGAUGCGAGCGGGGGAGGUCUACACUCCUAGGGAACUCCUGCAGGACCUGAGGAACUGCGCCGCCCGCCAGGUGACGCUCCUUCUCGACACGUCCUACGCCGGGGAGAUCGUCAACGCCUUCGCCGCCUCCAGGGACCACAGGAACGUGCAGGUGUACGCCGCGGGGGGCUCCGGGGAGUACUCGUGGGGCCGCGAGUUCUCGUCCCACUGGCUGCACUACAACCACCUGCACACCUGCACCGCCACCGUCCACCAGGUGUCGAGGAGCGCCGUGCGGCACUCCACACCCACGGGCCACGACGGGUCGGGCGGAGGGCUGCGGCGGAACAUCUUCGGGGCGCCGUGCAACGUGACGCCGCCCUUCACCUGGCGAGAGAUGCACCGGCGUUACCUCGGCUGCCAGAACAUCCCCACCGCCCUGUGGCUCCACGCCCUGCCCCACCACUUCACGCAGCUCAGCCCCGCAGACAUCACCGACGACCACCACCUCCCCGACGGCGUCACCUACCACCAGUGACAGCCUUGCCUCUCUUCCCUCACUCCACUCGUCCUUGUUCCCUCUCCUCCUCUCGGCUUUCAUCUUCUCAAGCUACCUGCUCUCCUUCCCUUCCUCACGUCCUCAGCCGCUCCUCUCCCCUAUUUCCCAAUUGUUUUCCUUUGCUUUCUUUCACUCGUCUUUAGCCCCCUUCUUCCCUCUAUCCUGUCGAUUCUCUCUUUAAAUACUUAUCAUUCCUCCUCUCUUUCUUUUCUUUUCUAUCUUCCCUCUUUCGCUUCCUCCUCAUCUUCCCUUCUUUACGUCUUUAUUCUCCCUUUUUCCCUUCCUCCUGCCUCCAGCAUCUCUACAUUAAUUCUACCUCUCCCUUCCUCCUAACUUCAUCCUCUCUCUCUCCUUCCCUAAAUCGUACUUAUAAUUUGUUGUUCUAUUCUGCCAUUCGUCUUUUCCUCUUAACUUCCUAUCCUCAAUCAGUUUUUCCCUUCCCUUCCUUCACGCGUCCUUAGAUCUCUCUCCUUCCCUCAUCUCCACUUGUCUUCCGUUCAUCAUCCUAUGUAACUUUCCCUUCUGCCUUUAUUUAAUCUCCUUCCCUUCACCAGCUCGUUUGGACCGCUUCUUCCUCAGUCUUUCCACUCUUCCCUCCACUCGCCUUCACCCUUUACAUUUCUUCAGUUUGGUCUGCUCACCGCUUUUUCCUGUCUUUCCCUUGUCCAGAACACAUAUUUCUUCUUCAGUUUAUACACGCAUUCUCAGCUCUCCCCAUCCCUUCCUGCACUGUAUAUAUAAAAUUAAAAAAAUGAUAGCCCACAGGUGCCCCAGUAGUCCCUCCGUGUAUAUAAUUUAUGAAGGUAAUCAGCGGCCUCAUACCAGCCUCUCAUGCCGCAUAAAUCCACCCUGGAUCUGUUUUGUCUACUGCUACGGUUUGUUUACAAGAACUUUACAUUCCCCGCGCCGCCCUGCCCCUGUUAGGCUAGCCAUGCACAUGCAUCUUGAUAAUACCCCUCUCUCUCUCUUUCUCUCUCUGAAAAUUAUACAGCUAUCAGACUCCAACGCGUGAUAUAUCGAAUGUUCUGUAUAUAAUUUAUUCAAGUACUUAACCACCCGUAUCCACCCCUCACACCAACACCACAGCAGCAGUGUAAAUAUUGCGUCAGCCCUCCGCCGUCCACCCCGUAGCGACUCAGCACAAUGUAACACCCACGUAGCCACACUGUAUCACCUGUAGCCACGUAAGCACUAAUAAAGUGAUGUAAACCCCUCGGGAAGGCUUGU